UCUUCAAGACGGCUUUCAAUGAUGCGCGCGUCCGCAGUGCUGAGCGCCGCGCUGGCGGUGGUGUUCCUGGCGCAGAUCGGCGACGUGGAAAGCGCGCCCUGCUGCGGGCGCCGGCGAGGGGGCGCCCUGGCCGUUGGGGCGCUGGCGUUCGCUGGGGGCUACGCCAUCGGGCACCACAAGAGCCACCACCACCACGGGGGCGGGGGCUGCUGCAACAGCUGCGGGGGCUGCGGGAAGAAGCGCAGAAGCAUCGAAGCCUUUCUAGAAGAUCCCAAAAUCCGCGAGACCUACAAAGAGAUCGCGGCCGAGGACAAGGACGAGUGCGGCCUCCGCCUGGUGUGCGAGCUGGCGCAGAAGGAUCCCCAGGGCUUGGCGCCCGACGAGCGGCAGAUCCUGGCGCCUUACCGGGGCGCCGGCGCGAGCGACGGCAGCGCUUACGGCGCCUACGACGAGGCGGCGUGGCGCGGGAAGGAAGGCCGCGGCUGCGCCGCCAGCUACCCGCUCUGCGCUUUCACUGCGCAGCAGAUCAUGCAGGAAUACAGGAAAUACGUUAGCAGUAAUGAGACCGUCGCGACUUAGGCGGGCGAAGGGAGAGAGAAUUUUGUCUGUGGAAUUGUUUAAAGCUUAAAAUUACUCGUCAGCGAAAACUUGACGAAAGUCUCUGCGCCAUGUUUGAAUUCAGCAUCAAAUAAACAGCAAAACUGAC